AUGGCCGGCCCGGUUUCGAAGCCGGUCGAACUUGUUUUCACCAGGGACAACACAAGGAGAUAUGUUAUUUGGAAGGGCGAGAUUGAUGGCCAGCCCAUAGUUACCCACGGAUUUGGCGCCCUCUUUCCGGAGAGAUAUCUGCCAAGUCGCUCAGCUGAGACCAGCAUAUGGCACUGCCCAGUUCGAACUUGUGGACAAGCAUAUGCCACCCCACCGGACCUAGGCGAUCAUUUUGUGAGAUUUCAUGCCGGCUCGAUCCUACACGACCACCUCGACGGCACAUUUUCUGUUCGUUCCCAGGACCCCGAGAACGCCUUUGAUGCAAUUUGCCAGCCGUACGUUGCGUCUCAAGGACACAAGCUUCAGAGCCCGAGUCUGCGGCGGCCAUCACACUCCAACCACUUCGAACUGGGACCAGGCGCCCCUGAGACUUCUGCCAUAGCAGUUGAUCGACAUGACAAGUCAAAGCCUCGAACUGGCAACAAACCGCCCUCGAGCAGCAGCGAGGUGAACAGUGACGACGAGAGUGGCGACGACGAGAGCGACGGGAGCGAUGCCGGCCAGAGUGAUACCGACGACAGUGACGGAAGUGGCGACAGCGACAGCGAUGCAAGUGAUACCGACGAGGCGGAGGAUGAGGUUGGACACCAGAAAGCCAAUGAGACCAAGCUUCAGAGCAAUGUCAACUCGGAAGCGAGCAGCGACGAUUCGGACACGAACGACAACGAGAGCCGCGGAAGAAAGACCGACCAGCAGAAUAAAGAUAAGCCUGCGUGCGCCAACAUCGAGGUUGCCACUAAUUAUCCCAGAAACGUUGGCAUUCAAGAGGAGGACACAGACAGAUCGCCGCCAGCAACAUCACCCGCCAGAGUCGCUGAGGACGACAAACAGCAAUCAGAUCCACCCCAUUGCAAGUAUGCCAAUUCCGAUGUCUGGAAAUACAUCACUUCCUUCACAUCCGAUUUUUUGCCGGUCCCCGCCGAUCUAUGUCUCCUUGAACUUCUCAUUUUGCCCCGCCAACGCGACUUACCAUACUGCUGGAAAAGGUGGCUCAACUUGAGGAAGCCCUCCCUGAAAACAUUGACGGCUGUCGCUUUGUAUCUCGGUGGUGUGCAAAGGAACACCCCUUGCGGGAACAUGCGCUGCGCUGAGUUUCAGGGUCUUCAUGAUGAACUACACCAUAAUGGCGACAAAAAUGCCCCGCGUUUCCAUCCUCAGUUUGCCUUUGACAUGUGCAUACAACUCCCGGAUUAUCUGCGAAAGGUUUCCCCAGCUCUCGAGAAAAGGUUCCGCGGCUACUAUUGUUGUAAUGCAUACUUUCGCCACAACACGAAAGCACUGACUAUGCCUGGUACAUUUGUCGACCCAUCGACGCAGCCAUGGAAUGCAACUUCGAAGAAGAGAAAGGCAAACAACGACGAGGUGAUACCAGCGCCUAAGAAAGCAAAGACAUUACAAGCACAUGCUGUUCAAAAGGAAGAAACAACGAACAAGUGGGACAAGAAAAACAAUCGCAUGUCCAAGUCUGGUACGCAGCCUGCGAAGUGGGAAACAAAGUGGGAGAAACUUCCGCACAAUGGGCGACCCCUAGACUCAGGGCCUCCGCUUGCUUAUUCAUUGUCACAUUAUCUCGAACCUCUCCGAGAAACUUUCAAGCGUAUGACCGAGCCCUCCUCUUUGUGGUUAAGCAGGGAGCUGUGA